UCUGUGGAGGACACCGGAUGAUGGAUGGUGCGCUCGGAUGAAGGCAGACCUCAGAGCGCGGCCCAGUGGCAUGCAGAGAUCCGCGCUGUGCGCUCCUGAAGCCCGUCACCUGCAUGAAGCGGAGAUGGAGUUCAGAUAGACGCACUUCUCCAGCCCUGCGACUGAUCGCUGUGACUUCCGCUCUGGAUUUGUGCACUUUAUGUUUAGUCGCCCUGAGAAAAUGUGGAGACUCACCAACUUGUUGACCUGUCUGCUGGUGUUGUGUAAGGACGCGUCCUCACAGAACAAGAUCUUUGGGGACACCGAGCCUGUCAGGAUGACGUCAGAGGGCUCCGACUGCCGCUGUAAGUGCAUCAUGCGGCCUCUGAGUAAGGACGCCUGCCUGCGGCUGCGCAGCGGCAGCGUGCGCGUGGAGGACUUCUACACGGUAGAGACGGUCAGCUCGGGGUCAGACUGUAAGUGCUCGUGCACGGCUCCGCCGUCCUCACUCAACCCCUGUGAGAACGAGUGGAAGAUGGAGAAGCUGAAGAAACAGGCCCCCGAGUUAUUAAAGCUCCAGUCUAUGGUGGACCUCCUGGAGGGAACCCUGUACAGUAUGGAUCUACUGAAGGUCCACUCCUAUAUCAACAAGGUGGUCUCUCAGAUGAACACACUCGAAGAGACCAUCAAAACAAACCUUACGCGAGAGAAUGAAUAUGUACGGGACAGCAUGACGAGCCUGACCAACCAGUUUAAAAAAUAUGAGAACUACUCCAACAUCAUGAUGAGCAUCAAGAAGGAGAUCUCCUCGCUCAGCCUGCAGCUGCUGCAGAAAGACGCGUCUGAGAGCAAAGCACAGGACACUCAUGAAGAGAAAGUCAAGCCUCCAGGAAAGGUAGCAAACAAAAAGACCCCUGCUGCCAAAACGCCUCCAAAGGCACCCAAAGAAAAACCAGUCAAGCCUAAGAAAGAGGUCAUAAAGCCUGGGAAACCGACUAAGCCCGACCCAACUCCAAAAUCGAAGGUGGUUGGCCAGCAGCCUGGAGUGGUGAGGAGCAUCACAUACUACAAGGCAUCUAAAACCGACCAAGAUGACCAAAGAGGAGACCACUCUGUGAAAACACACCCGGUCCAACAUCCAACGGAAAAUGAGCCUGAGGAUGGAGGGACUGAAACUAUCUUAGAGCCUGUUGAGGGAACUGUGGCUGAGACCUUUGACCCCACUACAGCUCCCACUGCUACCAUUACCACCACCACCACCACCACUACCACCACCACCACAACGUCCGCCACCUCAGAGCCCACUACUACCACUACCCAAAGCACGCCCCGGUCUGAAAGACCAGCUCCUACGAUUGUGCUGGUGCUGGACAACUCCAACAACAACAGUCGGCCCAGCCUCCACAGAGAAGGGAAGAUUCUCAACUGUGAAGGAACUCUGGCAUCCAUUGAGCAACCGGAGAAACAGCACAGUUAUGGGCGCAAUGAGGGAGCCUGGAUGAAGGAUCCUUUGGCUAAGGACUCCAAGAUCUACGUGACUAAUUACUACUAUGGCAACAACCUGGUGGAGUUCCGUAACCUGGAUAACUUCAAACAGGGGCGUUGGAGUAAUCUUUACAAGCUGCCCUAUAACUGGAUCGGGACUGGCCAUGUGGUUUAUAACGGAGCGUUCUACUACAACAGAGCCUUCACUAAGAACAUCAUUAAGUAUGACCUGAGGAUGCGAUAUAUGGCAGCGUGGACUCUGCUGCACGAUGUCGUCUACGAGGACACCAACCGCUGGAAGUGGAGGGGACACUCGGAUAUUGACUUUGCAGUUGACGAAAGUGGUCUGUGGGUAAUCUAUCCAUCUCUGGACUAUGACUACAACCAGCAAGAGCUGAUUGUGAUUAGUAAACUGGAUCCCGGAGACCUGUCCCUGAAAAAGGAAACGACCUACCGAACAGGCCUCAAGCGGAACUCUUAUGGAAACUGCUUCAUCAUCUGCGGUGUCCUGUACGCUGUCGAUGUGUACAACCAGAAAGAAGCUGAGGUGAACUAUGCUUAUGACACCCACACAAAUACGGAGGCAAUCCCACGUUUGCCAUUCACCAAUGAGUAUUCCUUCACCACCCAGAUCGACUACAACCCAAAGGAUAAGCUUCUGUAUGCAUGGGACAAUGGCAAUCAGGUCACAUAUCAGGUGAACUUCAUUGAGGAAUGAGCACUGGUCAUUUGUGUCCAGGCUUUCCAGGAUGGCAACAAGUUAGAGAAUUCUCAGUAUUUAUCAGUAAGAUCUGUUUUGGGGCCUCAGUCAGGCUUUACAGCCUUGCCUGAUGUGUUCCAAAGCAUGUUGUUAUACAAUUUCCCAAUCCUUACCUUGUUUUUGCACAGCUUUGGAUAAUAAAUUAUAACAAACUGAAAACAAUAUUAUUUUCCUGGUAUAUUGCCAAUCAGCUGACUACUGAAUACAACCUGAGGCAGAAAAUAUCCUUCUUAGAAUAUAUUUGAUCAGUUUUUCUAUUGUGUUGUCAAAAAAACCCUAAAACAAGACAAAAAAAACAACCAGAUAUGACCCAAAGCUGGUUUAUUUAGUAGAUAGUAUGCCUGUCACUCUAGUAAAUUUUGCUGGAUGAUAAAUUGCCCCAAAAACUAUUGAGAUAAACAACAAUAUUGUGGUUUGGAAACCAUUUUCAACUAUAUAUUGAUAAUGGCAAGUUCACCCUUGCAUUAUUGAGGACCAACUCAAUGUUCUUUACAAAAGAAACUCACAACAACCAAAAUCUAUAAAUCAAAAUGGAAAUAAACUCCACACUUAAAACUUAACAUCUUUAAUAAAUUGGAUUAUUUAGUCUCUAAAUAAAAUUGCCCUUCAAGAAAUAUUAAUCAUCAGAAUCAUUAGAAGCAAUCAAUUUCACAUUGCCUCAUAAAAGUGAUUGAUUGAUUGCUUAUUGUGACAGGUUCAGCAGCUACCACCAUUCUGGUAGCUGAAUGGUAUAUUCACUUUUAUUUACCAUAAAAGUAAUAAACCAUUCACUUUCACUUCACUUUUUACUGAAGACACUUUUACUGUCUUCACCAGGAGCAAAGUGGAGCCGAAGUCAAAGUCCUUGUUUGGGUGCACAAACUUUGUGAAAAAAAAAAAGCGGAUUCUGAUUCUAGCUGAACAUUCAAUCUUUGUCAAACAUCUCAAGAUAUAUGUACAAAACAAUGUUGCCUCAUUGGUGUAUCUUUUUUUCAUAUGUUCAACCCAAUCACACAAUCAUCAGAGGUUGCAUUUGUCAUUUACCUAAGAUAUCAGAUUGUCCCAUGGCUGUUCAGAUGCAUUCUGGAGGGUUUUUGUUUUAAUAAUUGAAAAAUGUUUUCUCUUUUUGGCAUUUAACUCAGCUGGUGAUGUUACUUCAGCCUGUUCUAGCAGACAGACUUCAGAGAAAGGUUUCCAGGGCCUAACCAUCAGUCAUGUCAUCAUUUUCCCAUCCCGUGACCAAACAUUUGUUCAGGAAUUUGCUUUAUUAUUAUCCAUGCAUCCUGUCUCUUCGCCAGAGAAAUGUCGAGGAGUGUGCUGAUUAAACUGAAUGAAAAAAUGUACACUUUACUUUUAUAUUUGUUCACAAUAUGAUUUGAUGAUGUAAUGAAUCUGUUAUUGUUUCUUCAUAUAAAAAGAUCCUGUUUUUACCAUGCCAAUAACCUUUUCAUAGCCACUGUAUAUAUUGUAAAUGAGCAUUCGAAUGUUUGCACUUCAAACCGGGAUCAUCGUGUUCUAACAAAAGUGCAGUUAGCCAUGUUAUUUUGUUUCAGAUUUACAUGUUUUACCACCCAUGAUGUAACGCUAACACAAAUCUAGAAUGUUUUUUGGGGGGGUGUCGGGGUUUCCUGCAGCAAUGAUUCAUAACCACAAUGUUUUUUUAAAAAAAGCUUAUUACUGAACUCAUGUCAGUAUCAAUAAAGUCAUUUGUUUAAGUCUACACAUAGAAAUAGAAGCAUAAUAUUGUGUUGAAACAAGUUGAGCAUGUGCUUGUGUCAUGAAAUAAAAUGUUCACUCUGAAA